AUGUUUCAGAGUGUAUAUCUGAACCCUCUGCCGCCAUCGCUGAUUUCUACGGCUGCCAAAUGGGCCUGGGUUUCUUUUACAGCGUUCGCUAACCUCCCGGGUCAUUUCAACCGGUCGAUUUUCGACUCGCCUUGGGAAACAGAAACUGAUAAUUCGACACUAUCCAAGACGCUGAACUACGUCAACACGACAGACUUCGUCGCCUACGACAAACGCUUCCUAGAAAUCAUCGGCGUAGACGCAACCAUCGAGCACGUCCAACCCCUCGCGUUCCAAAGUCACGAGGCACCCUGCUACAUCCCUGACACGAGACAACUCCUCUUUGUUGAAUGGGGCAAGCCCGACGGCGACGACGGUAUUCACAGCUGGCAAUAUCUUCUCGAUGUCGAGAACAAUACCCUUCGGAAGAUCACCACAGACCCGCCCACUUACAAUGUGCACGCUUGUGUCAAUUUCCAGGGUCAACUAUACGGUGUCACGGACGGAUAUGGAGAUAGCGAGACAGGGUCUCUGGUUCAAAUUGAUCCGCAGUCGUGGAAGGCGACUACGCUGCUGAAUAAUUUCCUUGGCCAACCUUUUGGUGGAUUCAAUGAUCUUGAGGUUGACCCGGAGGGCAACUUUUGGCUUACGGAUUCAAAGUCGGGUUGGGGUCGCGGAAUUGUCGACUUUGCGCCCCCCAACGAUCCUUCGAUCUACUUCGUGAACAAAACGACCAUGCAACCGAAAAUCAUCUGGACCACGACCGGCAACGCAAAUGGCGUGGCCAUGUCCCCAGAUAGCAAAACGCUUUACAUCCCCGACACAGGCGUUUCAGAGUUCCGUCCCUCGAAUAAGAACCCCCACGGCCGACGGAUGCUUUGGGCUUUUGACGUUGGCAGCCAAGGUGGCGUACUAGCCAACCAGCGCCUGCUGACUAGCCCUAUCUCAUACUUUUAUGACGGUCUUCGUGUAUCGAGAGAGGGGUGGCUUUUUUCUGGAUCCGGGGACGGGGUUGAUGUCAUUGAUCCUGUUUCUGGAUUUGUUCUGGGGUCGAUUCGGACCGGAGGUGGAGAGAAUGUAGCCGUGAGUAUGGCAUUUGGCGAGCAUGAAAUGUGGAUUGUCGGAAAAGGAGGUGCUUGGCAUGUAAAGGAUAUCAAGGCGAAGUUGAAGCGGGAUUGGUGA